AUGAAGUCCUUCCUCGCCAUUCCUGCGCUCUUCGCCCUCGGCGCCGUCGCCGACUCCUGGGGCUUCACCUGGACCUUCUCCAACGAGCACAGCACCUGGACCUCAUGCACCUAUGCCUCUGAGAACGCGACCACCACCACCGCCAGCAGCGAAGUCUCCACGACCUCCAGCGGUCCCUGGUCCGAGUGGAUAUACACCACCUCUUACACCGCGACCUACAGCUCCGGUGCCUCUACAUGGGGAAUCCCGACCGCCGUGAGCUACAGCGAGGCUUCCAACUUCACGAGCAUGAUCCCCGCGGUGACCUCGAGCACUGCUGCAUCCGUCACCAGCUCCGCCCUGCUCACAACGUCUGUUGCGGCCACUAGUACCUCCGUGGCAGCCUCGUCAACGAGUGCUGCCGCAUCGACAUUCACUGGCGCCGCUGCUCCCAACGUCAAUGGAAAGAUUGCAGGAAUGGGUGCCGUCGCCAUGGCUGGUUUGGCAUUGGUUCUGUAA